AUGCCACCUGCUCGAGGGCGAAAUGUCGACGACUCGAGAUCGGAGACGUCAAGUACCAUUACGAACCAGAAAGAAAAAUCCGCUUUAGGACCAGUCAGUGGCUCGGGCGUUUCAAAAGGAAAGCGAUUUGCCUCGGGACUCAACAUUCCUGCGCCAGCGAACAAAGCCUCCAUGAAUGGAAAUGGCACCGCACCUCCCACUGCCACCCCCGCAGCAACAGAAGGGGAUAAAGACCCAAAUCUUCCUCGAACCGAAUGGACAACGAUGCCGGUCCCUAUUCUCCGCUCCUACCGCAUUGCCCAUCGUCUCCAUGUCCCUGCGGCAUUCAACUACCCUCAUGCCGAAAUUACUUACAAGUCAUGCGACCUCGCACUUCGCAGCCCCUCAGCGGUUUACUACAGACGAAAACAGCACGAACUACAACUUCAGCGACGCAAACAACGUCAAUCAAAGCAGACAAAUGGGACGGGCAAAACCAAUAAAUCUAAAGACAGAGAUAAAGAGAAGGGCAAAUCAAGAGAGACAGCGAAUGCAGACAAACCCUCGAGUAUCGCGCCCUCUAUAGCACAAACAGGCAACGCCCCCGAAAUUACCUCAAACCAAGGCCAAGGCAAUGGCAAUGGCACACCCCCUUCUCCUUCCCCUUCGUUUUCCACCACCACAACCCUCGGUCCUCGCGAACCAGCCUCAAACCUUGCGACCGCCGUGCGGAAACACUUCAAUGCGCAACAACUCAGCGAAGCCGACACAAUAGCCCGCUUCAUUUACGUCGUGCAGCAGAACGGAAGGCAAGUGAGGACAGAGGGAUCCGAGGGCGAUGGGUCGGGCUAUUGGAUGGGAAGUCAGGGAAGGGCGGCGAGAAGAAGUGACGCCCCUGGUGGAGAUGUCGGCUUUAGGCUCAGAUUUAGACCGUGA